AUGGGGAGGAGGAAAAUGCAUUUCUUGUCAGUAAAAUUAGGAGAUAGCGGAACGGAGAUCGUUCGUGAAGGUAGUAUUCUAUAUGAUGGAAAAACAAAAAAUGAAAUAGAUUACAUCUUAACAAACCUUUCGAGUAACGUACACAAUAUACAGGUUCUGAACAUUACAUGCCCUUCGGACCACAGACCCGUAAGGGCAGCUUUCAAUAUACUUCCAAAAUCAAAAAAUCGCAGUAAGUUUGGUCGAUGCCCUAAGCCACAGAUAAAGAAUAAAAAAGAAGUUCAAACCUAUACUGAAGCGUUGAACAGCUGCUCAGCAGCCCUGCUGGACCACUGGAAUGACAAAGACACCGUUCAGGCUUGCUAUGAUAAAAUAACUAAUGCAAUUGACAUCGGCCUAAAAAGAGUACAAGAGCAAGAAGUAACACAAACACAGAGACAAAGCAAAUUAUAUCAGCACGCACCAAAGCACUAA